AUGUACGGCCACUUGACCACCUCUGACGAGGCUUCUGGCAGCAUGAACGCACCCACGUACAACUCGCUCGGUCUUAUGGCAAGCCUGUCGCCCGAGACACAUCCUGCCGACUCAGUUGCCAUGUCGCAUUCCCAUUCGAUGCCGACGUUCGGGCUUCAGAUGUCCGGCAUGCCGCAAUCCGACUACGGACCGAGAAGAGGCUCAGUGAGCUCCUCUUGUUCCUCGUCGUAUCUCAGUCUCGGCGACCACUCGUCGCAAAACAAUGGAUCCUACUCGCCUCGCUCCUUCACCCCCGUCGAGUCGCCCAUGAACCUGCCCGGUUCGCUGACAUCGCUCUCUGGUCUCGCGCUCAGUACUCCUGAUGCCCCUGAUCAUGCAGAACUCCCCUCGUACGCCGAACAGUCGGCUUUUCAGCCCGAGCAGCACAACGCGCUGCUGUCGCUGUCCCAUGGUCAAGACGAGUUGACCCUCGAGAUGCCUCCCCCUUCCCAAUUCAAACGUCGAGCUGCUCAGUCGUUCGACGUCUCGAUGCUAUCCAGCCACCGGAGCGACGCGCACAGCUUCAGCAAUCACCACGGCUUCAACGAAUCGGACGGUUCCGAAGAGACGACGCCUAUGCCCACGUCGACCGGCACUUUUGCAGGUCAGCCGAUGGCCAGCCUCAGCGAAGGGUUCCGCGCAGCUCAGCUGCCCGCCACUCCCCAUUCGGUCGUGGGCCGCGCCUCGAUCGGCGCUGGUCCGUGUACCUUCACGCCAGGCCAGUCCUACUCCCCCAACUCCACCCCAGAGCACUCGAUUCGAGGUGACUUUUCCAACCCGUGCUCGCCAUUCUAUCCGCCCUCAGCCAUCGCUCUCCGGAGGCUCACUAGCGCCGACAAUGUACACGCCGACUCGUAUGCGCCCCACGAGAUGGCGGCCUAUGGCAAGGACAGUACGCCUCUGCUGAGCCUUGCCGACCUCAACGGCGUGCCCAAGCAAGAGCCCAGCUUCCAAGCCAACCUCGCCUUCCGUGACCACUUUCAAAGCCCCACCAGCUUCUCGGCACACCGAGCCAGCCUGGCAGACAUGUCGCCUGCCGGCAUGUCGUCGUCGGCAAUGUCACGAGUAGCCUCGGCACCCAACUCGGUUGCGAUGCCUUCCCUCACGCGCUCAUCGGCAUCGUCAGAGUCCUCUUCCUUUGCAUCCUUCCCUUCGACACCCUCGUCGUCGAUCGCCUCGGCAGUCGAGGGUCGUAGGGCUAGCUACAUGCACCCCUCGACACCCACCAACGACCUGUUCUCGCCCGGCUUCGACCCCUACUAUAGUGCUCCUCCCAUGUCGGGUCACCGCAGCAACAGCAUGUUCACGCUCAGCUCUCCUGAUCAGGACGCUUCGUUCUCUUCGUUGCUCGACGGUAGGAGUCGCAGCGUCUCCGGCUCGGUCACUCGCACCACACCUCGAGGCCGCGCUCGCAACGCGGGUCCUCCGCCUCUCAUCGUCAGCUCGGCUGAUAAGCUGCACGUCUGCCACUGCGGCAAGCGCUUCAAGAGGAUGGAGCACCUCAAGCGUCACAAUCGCACCCACACCCAGGAACGUCCACACAAGUGCCCUGUCGAGACCUGCGGCAAAUACUUCGGCCGAUCCGACAACCUCGCACAGCAUCUCAAAACCCACUUCCGACCAGCUGGCCUCGUUGGUCGUUCUUCGGAGCUGCUAUCCCUCACAGCUGGCUCUGACAAGUACAAGAACAGUGAGCCGCGACACGAUCCGUACGCAGCUGCUGCAGCAGCUGCCGCCGCCGCGGCUCAGGCAGCCGUCUCGAUCGGCGGCAAGCGCGGUUCCAUCAGCCAGGCUUGCCUGGGCGGCCCCAUCGCUCUGAGCAAACCCAUGCCUGCUCGUCAAGUGCUCCAACCCGCGGGUGGCGUCAGCGCCAACUCGUCUCCCGACAUGCAAAUGUCCAAUGGCGGCGUUCAGUUGUCGGCGCAGUUUGCUUGA